UGUAUUAGGCUGUACUACUUCCUUGUUCUUGACAGAUCGCUCUGAAACCUCAGCCUAGACUUUCAGAUAAGACGAGCAUAAUAUCAUUGCAUCAGCUGAGAUUCAGAAUCCAAAAUGGAUGGGACUUCUCUCUCUUCGCAUUCAUCAUCCUCUGAACAGGAGCCCCAGUCGCAUGAUGACAGUACUCUUCAGGGUGCACAGGAGCACAGUGAUGCACAUACUGUUACGAGCGCUGCAGAUGAAGUCUUACAAGGGGACAGGCUAUUGUCUGAGGAAGAGCAGGUGACCCUGAUCACAGAGAGCAUGUCCAUCACUUCAGCCGAUGAGGAGAAGCUCCUGUUGUUGAACAGGAACACAGAGUUACGCAGACUCAACAAGGAGCUGAUGAAGCUGAACGAGGACUGGGACCACAUCUACCGUAGCACCACCCUGGCUCUGGAGCAGCGGCUAGCGGCCAUAGAACAGGAGAGCUCCACUCUCAAGCAGAUUAACCACCGACUGCUUCUCAAAGUAGAGCAUGAGCAGAGUAAGAGGGAGUACUAUGAACAGACCCUGCUGCAGGAGCUCAAGAAGAACCAGCACUUACAGGAGUAUGUCCGACUUCUGGAGGCCCGUCUGCAUCACACAGACACUGACAGGGACUGGCCAGGAGGGGCACUGAACGGACUGGAGGUCGCUCGGCCCCCAGAGAUAGCUGGUCCGUCAGAGCCCCCACGAAGGCAGGGCCAGGGGCCCAGCUGUUACCCUCCUCUGCUGGUAUCGCCCCCGGCCGUUUCAGACAGGAAGAGCAGGACGCAGACGAACAGGAGAGGCCCUUUCAGGGAGACCGAUAAGGACGGGGUCACUCUGAAAGAGGUGCAGGAACUCAAAGAACAACUGGAGGCACUGCGUUGCCAGACGCAGAUCUAUGAGGCCGACUACAAGACAGAGCACAAGGACCGGCAGCGUAUGGUGCUGGAGAACAAGAAACUGCGCAGGAAGGAGGGCGAUAUGCGCCAGCAGAUGGCGCUGUUGCAGGAGCAGCUGAAGGUGUACGAGGAUGACUUCCGGAAGGAGCGAUCGGACAAACAGGUGCUGCAGCGCCUCCUGAUGAAGAAGGUCCCGGUCAACGACCCCAUACUCAUCCACCGCUGCAACAAUGACCACGACCGGCCAGCAGGGGGCGAGAGGGACCAGCAGAAAGAGAGGGAGAAAGGGGGCGACCAGGCCCGCCCACGUGACCGACAUGUACGCAAGGCGGAGUGUCCCCACCACCCGUGCCUGCAGCGGCACGCGGAAGGGAAGUGUCCUGCAUACUCUGCGGACUACAGCUAGCCUACCACGCGCACGUGCCUAACCUUUCACAGGCAUGCAACAAACACACUGCUCACACACAAAAUAAUGCAUUCAACUUUUGUUUGCAUUUUGUAAAUGCCAAUAAAAUGUAUAAGCAACAAAGAAACAGGAGCCGAUUGAGAAAUUAUUACACUGAGUGCAUUUUGAGUUCAUGGCCACGAGAAAGAAAUAGUUAAAUGUUAUACUGUCAGACUGCAAAGAGCAUCCACAAUGGUAUUUGAAUGUGCUCUGCAUUAACAAAUGAUAUUAAUGGCAGCUUUUGUUACUUGUCUCUGCACCUUUUCACUUAAAGAGUUGUUAGGAAACCCUUGUAGGGCAUGUUCUCUCUGCGUUUGCGACAGGACUUGUAGGCUGCUAUUCAUUCUCAAAUAAUUAUCCAUUAACUUAAUUGAGCCUGUCCUUUCAGAGUGAGCUGGCAUCAUGCAGGCGUGAGAAGCGGAGAAUAUUUUGCAGUCAGAGUGAGAAUAUUUCCCAGAGGAAACAGAUUCGCUUGUCAGCUUCUACUCAGCCGGCUUAAAGACAAAAUGUCACCUUCGCCUACGGAGGUUUCUCCCUAGCCAAGCUUAGGAAUGGUCAUAACAGGGCUUAUCACAUGUUUCAUUGUAAAGUGUUAUUACGCUGCAGCCAUUUCAGACAGUGCAUUUAUAACUUCCCAAAAUGCUUUUACCAGCAAGCCUUCCCAUGUGCUUAUUUUAUUACUUUUAAUAUUUUGCUUUUUUACCUUUUUUUCUGUGAAGUGCUGCAGAUUCUCAAAUAUGCAACACAAAUGUAAAAAGUAAUAUAGUUUUGUAAGUGUAUUGUUAUUAAUUGUAAUUGUCAAAUGUAUUACAUAUUAUUGUGGUGUUUUUUUUAUGUUUUGUAUUCAUUAUACAAUUAACUGGGCAUAUUUACAACAACUUUGGUGGCACAGCAAUUGUUUCAUUGAUGUGCUUUGGAAUAAAACAAUUUUUUGUAGAGCACUUUUGUACA